AAGGGCUGGGCGACCCGGGCAACCUUGCUGCCCAGGACGUACCGGAAGGAGCUCGGUCCCUGUAGACCAAGGCUGGUGAGCCGGAGGGAGGGAGCCCGGGCGAGGCUGGGCAUAGCUCAAGGAAGGAAGGAAGACCUUCGGGGUGGCCUGAGCAGCCCCCAAGGAAGCUACUGUCUCAGGCUACUGUCAGAGAAGCAGAGAGUGCCUGGGAUGGGGUGAAGCUGGGCUCUGAAGGGAUCCGUGGGCCUGCCUUGUUUUCCGAGACGAACCCAAUAGAGUUCCUUCAGAGAGAGUUCCAGAGAGCAGGCAAGAUGGGGAAUGCCAAGAGCCUGUCGGGCCAGAAGAUGGCCUCAAGGUUCUUGCCCGAGGAGCAGGCUGAGGUAGACAAGCUGUUUGAUGUCCUGUCAUCUAGUGAAGGCGGUGUGGCAACGGGGACAUUCUCUCUGGAGGCGAUGAAGAGCCAUGUCAAGGAGGCCCUCCCCCCAGCGAUGGUCACCAGACUGUAUAACGGCAUGCAGAGGGUGAAGCCAACCGACAGGACACUCGGGAGCUGCAGGAGUGUUUCCAGAGAGCAAUUCACUGCAUUCCUGUCCCAGCUGUUGAGAGGGAGCUGUGAGGAAAAAGGCCUAAUGGUUAUGAACAUGAUCUCAGAUGCAGAGGGUCCUACAAAGACCAGAGAUGUCCAGAAGUUCACAGAGGACCUGGUGGCCUCUGUGGCGCACGUGCUGACCCACCGGCAUGAGCUUCGAGGCUGGACCUGCAGGAAAUCCGAGGUGCCCCCUGACAGUAUGCAGGCCAUGGUCGCCCAGCUGCUCUCUGAGAUGAAGUUUCAAGAUGGCUACAAGUUCCAGGGCCCUCAGUGCCUGGACCAGGUCUGCGACCAAGCCAUGAUCGAGGAGUGGGUGUUCCACGUCCCUCACGUGGGCAUGUUCCUGAGCGUGGUCGUCCACAGGGGCCUGUGCCUCCUGGGUUCAUCCUUUGAUCCGUCCACGCUGGUCCCCGAGUGCCUCGCGGACCAAGGUGGCCGGUUCGAGAGCAUCCUGGAUGUGCUGUCCGUCAUCUACCUCAGCUCCCACCUGGCCCCGGAGCAUCGGCAACGCUGGCGCCUGCUGUUCUCCACGCAGCUCCACGGGCAGAGCUUCUCCCAGCUCUGCAGCCACAUCACCAGCCAGGGGCCCAGCCUGCUUGUCCUUGAGGACAGGGAUGGCUACGUCUUUGGUGGCUUCGCCUCCUGCUCUUGGGAAGUUAAGCCUCAGUUCCAAGGGGACAACAGAUGUUUCCUGUUCUCCAUUGCCCCCAGAAUGGCCACGCACCUGCACACGGGCUACAAUAACCACUUCAUGUACUUGAAUUACGGACAGCAAACCAUGCCUAAUGGACUGGGCAUGGGUGGGCAGCACCAUUACUUUGGGCUUUGGGUGGCUGCCGACUUUGGGAAAGGACACAGCAAGGCGAAGCCAGCGUGCACCACCUACAACAGCCCACAGCUCUCUGCCCAGGAGGACUUCCUGUUCGAUAAGAUGGAGGUGUGGGGACUUGGCAACCUCUUAGAGGAAUAUGAGGGCAAGAACAAGAAGAGCGUCCUGGACUCAAAUCCCGAAGCCCGUAGCCUGUUGGAGAUCAGCGGACGGGCUCGGCACAGCGAGGGACUGCGGGAAGUCCCCAGGGAUGAGGACUGAGAUAAGGCAACCUCUUAGAGCUCUCCUGGAUGGAGAGCAUCCUGGAGCAGGGGCGGGACUCCCCCAGGGAUGCAGAGCAGAGAGCGUCUAGAUUCCUCACUGCUGUGUGAACAGAGAGAGCUCUUCUUACCCUCUGUCCUAACUCCUGCUUAGCCUUAACACAGAGCCACAUGGUUGCACGCAGACCAUCACGGACACACUUAAAUCAGAACACAGCCAUGCUGAGAAAAUUCCUCUGAAGCCAUAAUCGAUGGGUGUUGCCUCCCAGGGGCCCUGAGCGUGGGUUAGAACCUUGGCCUUAAACUUUGUCUUCUGUCUUUUGUCCAUGGCAUCCAAAGACAAAGAGGCUUGAAACCUGCUGGGGCUGGUGGUUGAGGGCAUGCAUUCUUGCCUUGUGAGGGGGCACCAUGCUCUGAGGUCCCUGUAUGUGCCCCGAUGGCCCAGCAUGAGUGGAAAGACAGGGGUGCUUAGAUGAAUAUCUUGGUACUCUGUGAGAAUACUACUCCCCCCCACACACACACCCACCAUGCAAUUUGUGGGUUUGUAGCUGAAGAUCUGAAGGAAAUGUCUCUGGGGGCAGGUUCUCAGAAUGGGCUUGCUGUGGGGGUCCUAUCUAGCUUUCUCAACUCUUUUUACGCCUGAUGAACAAGGGUGGAAAGCCAGACCCAUUUACCCAGAGACCAAGCCUUUCCUGUGCUGCUAAUCCAAAUAUGGGACCUGGGACCUUUGAGGAGACUUGAAGUCUGCAUGCUUGCCCAAUGUGUGCAUAACACCCACCCAUCCCAGAUGCCAGUGGUGGGUGAUGUCCGGCCGUGGCUGGGAGUGUCAGCCUCCAGGUGCCUUCUCUGAGGUCACAGCUCAGGGCUUCUCAGGAGGGGGAUAGGUCAUGGGACAGCAUGACUUACUUCAGACAGACUCUAGUGGUCCCCAAAGACUGACUAUGACUCAGGUGGCCAGGCUGCCCAUCACACUGUUAGUGAUGGCCACCCAGCUCCAUCCACUCAGAGGAGCUGUGGGCCCUUGAGACCUCUACGUCUUGUUUGUAAACCUCUAUGUCUUUUGCUGUAAACUUCAACCUUUACGGAUCUGCUACAAGUUUUACUCUUGCAUAUACAGUUUGCCCAUGGUAAAGUCUGGUAUGUGCAUUUCCCCAGUUCUGCAUCUUUGCCCAAGAAGCUCCUGGAACAUGCCACACAACAACCUUGAGCCUGACAGAAGGUCUGAGGGGAGACCUUCCAAACAAAAGUGCCAUUUCUGUGCACGGAGGGAUUGGCAUGUGGUGCUGACAGGGGCUGGGCCAUUUUGGUUCUCUUGGCAAGAAGCCAGUUGUCAGUGGUCUGUGGGAUAGAGAUAGAAAACACUAGAAUCUCCAGACGACCCCUAUGUAACUUCACAGAACUGGGUCACUGUGCUAUGAAGUGUGUCUUUUGUUUUGCUUUGUUUUGUUUUGAGACAGGGUUUCUCUGUGUAGCCCUGGCUGUCCUGGAACUCACUUUGUAGACCAGGUUGGACUCAAUCGAACUCAGAGAUGCACCUGCCUCUGCCUCCCAAGUGCUGGGAUUAAAGGUGUGCGCCACCACUGCCUGGCAAGUGUCUUUUGUUUGUUUGUUUUAAAUAAAAAUGAGGUUGGUCAUGCCUUUCAUUGGUAGCA